AUGGUGGGAAGUAAGGUUAUUGAUACCCUAGCCAAUGGUUCAGUAACUACUCCAUUGGUGUGUUUGAAGUUUCCACUGACUACUUAUGAGGUGGGAGGAGAUGGAGAGUUGAUGCUUAUAUUUGCUAAGAAAGUAGAAGAAUUCUUGAAAGAGGAGGCAAGAGUGUCCGCUACAUUUUCUACUUUGAGAAUCGACAGUAAAAUUGUGAAGGGAGAGCUACCAGUUGUGCGUGAUUUUCCUGAAGUGUUUCCGGAUGAUAUCAGUGAUUUGUCACACGAGUGCGAGGUGGAUUUUUCUAUAGACUUAGUACUUGGUAGUACUACUGUGUUGAUGGCUCCUUAUAGAAUGUCUUCUUUAGAUUUGUGUGAGCCGAAGAAACAAUUGGAAGAGAUGCUUGAGAAGAAGUUUGUCUGA